AACUCCUUCUUUGUCUGGGUCCUCUUUCGGUCCUCUGCCUAGUUAUUUAUUUAUUUCCUUUUCAAUAGUGGGGUAUAUUUUACAUAUAUCCAUAUCUCUUGGUUAUUGAAUGACAUUCGAUUCUGACACAUAUAUGCCUAAAAGCAAAUCCCCCAAAAUGGAUGAUCUGGAUUACAUCCCAGCGGACCUGAGCCCUGAGGAGCGCUCCGAGCUUGAGGAGAUCCGCCGCAGGAAGGGAGCUCUGCUUCUUGAGAUCCAGAGACUGAAGGAGGAGCUCAGAGAAGCUAUCAUUGAGGUGGAGGGUCUGGAGAGCAGCACAGAGGGCAGUAAAACUUUACAGAAGAGUCGACAUGUGGCUAUGGGGAGAAAAAAAUUCAACAUGGACCCGAAAAAGGGCAUUGUGUUUCUAGUGGAGAAUGAGCUUCUCAGACACACUCAAGAGGACAUUGCUCAGUUUCUGUACAAAGGAGAAGGACUGAAUAAAACUGCAAUAGGAGACUAUCUGGGUGAAAGAGAUGACUUCAAUAUUAAAGUAUUGCAGGCAUUUGUGGAUCUUCAUGAAUUCACAGAUCUCAACUUGGUACAAGCCCUUCGCCAGUUUCUGUGGAGUUUUCGGUUGCCAGGAGAAGCUCAGAAGAUCGACAGGAUGAUGGAGGCCUUUGCUCAGAGAUACUGUCAUUGCAAUCCUGGUGUCUUCCAGAGCACAGACACCUGUUACGUGCUAUCGUUUUCCAUCAUUAUGUUGAACACCAGUCUGCACAACCCUAAUGUGCGGGACAAGCCAACAGUGGAGCGCUUCAUCAGCAUGAACAGAGGCAUUAACGACGGUGGAGACUUACCAGAGGAGCUGCUCAGAAACCUGUAUGACAGCAUCAAGAACGAGCCUUUUAAGAUCCCAGAGGAUGAUGGGAACGAUCUGACGCACACGUUCUUUAACCCUGACAGAGAGGGCUGGCUCCUCAAACUGGGAGGACGCGUGAAAACGUGGAAGAGACGGUGGUUCAUUCUGACAGAUAACUGCCUCUAUUACUUUGAGUACACAACAGAUAAGGAGCCCAGAGGCAUCAUUCCUUUGGAAAACCUGAGUAUCCGUGAGGUUGAAGAUCCCAGAAAGCCUAACUGUUUUGAGCUGUAUAUCCCCAAUAACCGUGGACAGCUCAUUAAAGCAUGCAAGACUGAGGCUGAUGGCAGAGUGGUGGAGGGAAAUCACAUGGUCUACCGGAUCUCAGCCCCCACCCCAGAGGAGAAAGAUGAAUGGAUCCACAGCAUCAAAUCUGCUGUGAGCGUGGACCCCUUCUACGAGAUGCUUGCUGCCCGGAAAAAACGCAUUUCGCUAAAGAAAAAGGAAGAGCAACCCUAAAACCAUCCAUUCUUCACCAUCCUUCCAAAAUCUUUCAGUCAUCCUACUCAAGCGGCAGAACCCUCCAUUCUCUUAGGAGAACGAAUCAUCCCUCUCUGUUUCCAUCAAGGUAGCUCUUGUCCUGCCAUCCGAUAACUCCGUAAUGCUGGUGAAUGGACAGAUGGAUCUUGUUGGCAAGAUCCUGAAUACUGAAACAUCUUCAGUCUGACCUGUACAAUUAUUCAUUUAAUCUUUUUCAUUCAUAGUUCUGCUAUUCUCCACAUACAUGUACUACACUUGUACACUACACAGUGUUAUAUAUUCUUCUUCACGCUAGGAUUUCAUACUAUAUAUUGCUGACAUUUUAUAUGGUCUACACUACAAAGAAUCAGAUGGUUUCAAAACCUCCUUACUAAAAAUAGUUCAACCAAAAGUUAAAAAUCUGUUAUCAUUUACUCACCAAAUCUCUAUACUGUAUCUUCCCAAAGGAGAGGCUGUUUUUCAUAACAGUGGAACAGUGAAUGGGGACUGUAGCAUUUAAUAUUGAUCCACGUAUGUAAAAAGCACUAAUUUCUUUAAAAAUCGAAACUUCCUCCUUUGCUCUCCACUAAACUCUUUGGGUUUGGAAUGACAUUGUGGUAAAUGAUUCUAGAAUUUUAAUUUGUGGGCGAACUAUUUAUUGAAUCCUUCUGCAGUGCUGCGGUGUCUUUAUCUGCGUUCUCCUUGCACACUUUCUCACCUCUUCAUUAGUUGAAGUGGACUGUUGGGCUUUUACCUAUUUAAUUUCCUCUCUCUUUACCGCUGCUCUCGCAUUUGACCACCAGUCUUGCAAUUAACAGCAUCAUACUGUGAACUUCUUACACAUUACAGGGUAGAUGACCAAACAGCCUGAUGCAUUUCAUCAUCAUCAGGGACAGAUCUAACAUGGCCUUUCUCAUAGCUGAGCUUCUCCAGCUGUUGAGACUGUGUUACUGAUGUUAUGAGGGGAAGUGUUGUUCAUGCUAAAGGCUUUAGUUAGUCUGGUAUUUACUUAUUGGGUCUAUUCUGGCUGUCUUAACUGAAACUAUUAUCUCUUAUUAACUUAAAUGAAGAUGUAAAUGAAGGUCAUUGCGAUUCACACAUAUCAAAUUGAGAACGAUGACUUUCCUAUCACUUCACCUAGCCGUUUUGGCAACUUGAAGCAUGCAGUGUCAUGUUGCUGUGUUGUGGGAGUAAUACGGUUAUACUCUGGCAGGGGUGUGGUUGAUUAAUACAGGCCCAAGAAUGAAAGAGAAAUGCUUGUUGUGACAUCAUUUCCUGUGAAGUUUGCAGGGGGCUUCAUCCAUUAAGGUUAAUUUAUUAAAUGUGAGUCCUUAAAUGUAAGAAAAGAGCCUUAAAGUCCCUGCACUGCUUUUUUUUUAAUGUUCCUGCAAUGGUUUGAACUAAACCACUAUAAGAUAUGGGGGAAAAAACUGUCCAGGUCACAUUUCAGAAGAAUAAACAAUAUUUUAACUGAGAUAAAUAAAGCCUACUUUAAAAUCGGUAUUUCAGCAGUUUCGUGACAUUUAAGCACAACAAAUACUAUCAGGUUGGUUAAAUAUAGUAUUUUUGCGUGUAUUUUUUUCACAUAACUGUAAUGAGAAUUGGGGUGUUUUACAUUACAGUAAUGAUAACUAUUGGAGGUCAUUUUACUUUCUUUUGUCAUGUAGUUGUGAAAUAUGACCCGGACAUUAGGGCAAGUGUAUUGUGCUCUAUACCCCACAAACUAAUGUUAAAAAUGUUUUGAAUCAUUCCUGAUGUGCCAGACGUAGCAGUGACCCAUAUAUGAAUCUGUUUUACUGCUUGUGUUUGAAGGAGUUUCAUGGCAGCUUUUUUCAAUGUACGAUAUGUUUGUCUUUUUUCUGUUUGUACAUAGAUGUUGUUAUGUUUGUUUACAGAAACACAAAUUGAUAGCAUUUUUUUAUUUAUUGUUUUUUAUGAAGGUUAUGAAUAGAGAUUGCAUGUUGUACUGCUGAAUGGAAGCAUCUUUUGUAAAGGUUGGAUCUAAUGUCAAUAUUUUGGGCAUGUGUAAAGCCACUAUUAGCAUUCCGUAUUUUGAAAUCGUAAACGGCUCUUGUAAGUUAACAAAUUGGCAUUGCAGUCAAUAUAGGCUACUAUAAGAGACUUACAUCUGAAAUGUGAACAAAUUUUUCAAAUGUAAUGAAAUAUUGAAUGUUUAAAAACACGAUUACGGAACACUAAUAGCACUCUGGAGUCUCUUACAUUCUAGCCGCUCUGUUUAAAUUUGCUAAUAAUGAAAAACGUAAUAAUGAAAAUUAUUUAGCAAUGCAAUUUGACUUGUGUUUUUUUUUUGUAUUCGUAGAAAGCUUCACUAUAUUAAUGGAUGUCUUUGACAUUUAGGCCUUUGGAGUUAGAAUCCAUGUCUAGGGCACUUUAGUUUUGACUACAUGACAGCUUGUUUUACACUAUAGUGCCCUCCUCCAGUAUAAAAUAGGACUGCAGUUCUUAACUGGUUUAAGCUUUGCUGCAUAUCUUAAAGGUGCCGAUACAAAAGCAUCUGUAUCUAGUCAUUUGGAGUUAAAUAUGCUUUACAUUGUAUUGUAUGCUAACCCACAGGCUGUAUAUGACUGAUAGAGAUCUCAAGGGACUCCAAGUGUUAAAUAGGAUCAACUGCUGACUGCAACGUUCCUAUGUACAGUAUAAGCUAUGUGUUUAAACUAACAGUUUGGGCAUGAUGUGGUCUGAUGAAGAGAGCUAAAUGAUUUUCAUUGACUUGUAUGCAUUCUGGAGACUUCUAAUGUGGGCAUUUUUGAUGAGAUGUGCAAAGGUGCCAAAGUCUGUGAAUACAAUAGGACGGAUGAAAGCAUUUCUUUCUUAUGUCUCCUCUGUGUUUCUGAGCGGAAUCUGUAGAUUGGACACGGAAAGGUACAGAUUGUUGGAAAAUUCUUCAUGUAGCAAAUCAAAAACUCAGUUAUGGUACACUGGUGCCAAUCAACUCUAAUAAAUAAAAAUACAAAAAAUA